CAGCAACUUUCGCGAUGAAUCUGACAUGAUUUUUUCAUGAAAGAGUAUUACUGUUGGAAAUGCCGAACAUAAAUAUAUGGUGUCUACUAUGUCGAAAUGAUGAGUUCGGUUUGAUAUGGUAUGAGAUGUUAUAUGGUAAGUGGAAGGGUUAAUUGUUUGAGCAUUUUUGAGCGGUUCAUGGAAAAAUGUUUGUGAUUUAUUAAUAUAAUGUAUCAUAUACAACGAUACCCGAUAUUAUUUAUAGUUCCUAAUUCCGGAGAACCCUGUAUAAUGUUGAUCAUUCAUACUCACUAGAAUUUAUUUCUUUUCAUAUUCGAAAACUACAACGAGCUGAAAAGUCUACGUCUAUCAAUAUAUGUGUAAAGACCAUAUAGAGGUCAUAUAGUCAUGAGUCCAUUGUUUUGGCAGUGGUCUAGGAACCAUUUCAUCUCAGUCCGACUCUGGUCAGUAUAUUAUCUCUGAUAUGAUCGAGUUUUGUUUAUAAUUUUUCGAUGUCACAAUAUUCAGUUAUGAUAAGGGGGAUUUAGUCUUACUCCAUAGGACUCAGUUGUACGUAUGGUGUAAAAUAAUGAAAUGAAAUUGUUAAUAUAUUCUUUUAAAUGAUAUUUCAAAUUGAAGUACUUAAUAGUAGUAGGUAGUAAAUCACGAAUUGUUUCACCAUGAUUUCGUUUGUUAAAAUGUAUGGUAGAAUAUCGCAGGUAUUACGAAACCCAACGCAGCCUCUUCUGUAUCACAACUUACCAAGAUGGAAGAGUACACUGAGAAAAAUAGAUAAACUUCUCAUAGCUAAUAGGGGAGAAAUAGCUUGUAGAGUUAUGAGAAGUGCUCGGAAAUUGGGAGUUCGAACCGUUGCUGUUUACAGUGAUGCUGAUGAAAAUUCAUUACACGUUGCCAUGGCAGACGAAGCAUAUCGAAUUGGUCCAGCAGCUGCCUCACAAAGUUAUCUGAGGGGUGAAAAAUUGUUAGAAGUUGCAGAAAGAGCCAAUUGUCAAGCUAUCCAUCCAGGAUACGGAUUCCUAUCUGAAAAUGUCGAAUUCGCAGAAUCCUGCCAUAAAAGUAACAUCGUUUUCAUUGGCCCUCCUGCCACUGCCAUCAGAGACAUGGGGAUAAAAAGCACAUCUAAGAAGAUCAUGGACAAAGCGGGUGUUCCUAUCAUCAGUGGAUAUCAUGGUGAAGAUCAAACUAAUGAAAGACUCAGGAGUGAAGCCAAACGAAUUGGGUUUCCAGUUAUGAUCAAAGCAGUCCGUGGAGGAGGAGGCAAAGGAAUGAGGAUUGCCCAUACAGAAGAAGAAUUCGAUGGUGCUCUAGAAUCUGCGAGGACUGAAUCUCUAAAAGCAUUCUCUGACUCUGUGGUUUUAUUGGAAAAGUUUGUGGGCGAACCCAGACAUGUGGAAGUACAAGUAUUCGCUGAUACUCACGGAAAUGCAGUGCAUUUGUAUGAAAGAGAUUGCUCAGUCCAAAGAAGGCAUCAGAAAAUUAUUGAAGAAGCACCAGCGCCAGGUUUAUCGACAGAACUGAGGCAAGAGCUAGGAGCAGCUGCAGUUAGAGCUGCGAAAGCUGUCGGAUAUGUUGGAGCCGGUACUGUAGAGUUCAUUUUGGAUAAAAAUACUCACAGCUUUCAUUUUAUGGAGAUGAAUACGAGGCUGCAGGUUGAACACCCAAUUACAGAAAUGAUUACAGGAACCGAUUUGGUAGAAUGGCAAAUCAAAAUAGCUUCAGGUGAGAAGCUGCCAUUAACCCAAGAACAAAUACAAUCACGGGGUCAUGCUUUCGAGGCAAGAAUUUACGCUGAGGAUCCACGGGGUGGUUUUCUUCCUGGUGCUGGACCCUUGUUGCAUCUCGUAACUCCCGAUGUUUCCGAAGAUACACGUAUCGAAACAGGUGUGAGGCAAGGGGAUGAGGUGUCUGUCCACUACGACCCAAUGAUAGCGAAACUCGUUGUGUGUGGAAAUGACAGAACAGAAGCUCUCACCAAAUUACAAUCUAAAUUACUCGAAUUCAAUAUUGCUGGCUUAGAAACGAACGUCAACUUUUUAUUGGAUCUCGCUCGGCAUCCAGAGUUCGCAGCGGGGAAUGUUCACACCAAUUUCAUCAACGACCAUCAUGAUUCCCUCUUCAGGGAUGAGUCGCCAAGUGAAAUCCAGUUGAUUCAAGCUACCAUGGCCGUGGUUCUGACAGACCAGGCGGAAGAGGUGGAACGAGCUGUUGCUAGAAGGGAUAGACACAACCCAUUCACCGUUGAAUCGAACUUCCGAAGUGAUGUCAGCACAAAAGCUAUGAAGCAACUUGUCCACUUCAUCAAUCUUGACAUUACAACGUCUGUUGUAUUUGAUCAUCAUCGUAAUGGCUACCAAAUAUCUUGCGAUGGAGGACAGACGUGGCAAGAGGUUGAUGGAAACGUUUCACAAAAAAGCAAUAGGCAAGUCCUGACUUGUUCCAUCAAUGAUGUCACAUGUAGAAGCACCAUCUUCAGAGAUGAGCAUACUCUUUGCGUUUUCGACCAGAAUGGAAAGGUGCAAUAUACUUUACCCCAACCUACACUCGAACCGGAAGAUGAAUCUCAAGUUGGUUUCUUGAACAAAGCCGUAGCCCCUAUGCCAGGGGUGCUGGACAGACUGCUAGUUGGACCCGGAGAUGAGGUGAAAAAAGGAGACCCGCUAUUCGUUCUGAUUGCAAUGAAAAUGGAGCACGUAGUCAAAGCUCCGAGGGAUGCGAUAGUUUUUAAUGUUUGUUACAAGACUGGCGAGAACGUCGCUAAAGAUGCUACGGUCGUAAAGUUUGAGGAAAUCUGAUGAUCUAUAUAUUAUCUUGUUCAUAUAUUGUUUGUUUGGUAAUAAUCAUAUCAUUA